AUGGGUAAUAUAUGUUCAUGGUGUGUUAAAAACGAAGAUCAAUCACAAUCGAAUGGUAGCCUUAAUGAUACAUCAGAGAUACAGAAUCCGCAACAAACUUCUGUAUCUGCACCCAAAGGCAGCGAACGAACACCACUACUAAGUAAAUCAGGUAAUCAUAAUUGCCCGCCAACGACACCAGUGACUCUCAGUUCACCACUAAAUAGUGAAUUUUUAUCAGUAAUUCCACCUCCAGAACAACCUGUAGCUGAUCAAGGCAGAGUAGAAACUAGAACAGACAGUCAAAAUGCUCAUAACGAAAUGGCACGUAUUGUUGAAGGUAUGUUUUCCAAAUUAAUUGAUGUUACCGGUGGUGGUGGAUCUAAUAUUCGUCAAAGAAAUGCAAAUGCAUACGAAGUCAAUUCAAAAAAUGAUUCAUUAAAACAAUUAUUAAUUAAAUCUUUGUCAUCACCAAAACUCUUAGCUAUACCAGAUGCUGGUUUAAAUAAUCUUCCAUCGUUGCUUUCUGGGCGGCCCGUAUCGUCUGAAGUGUGUCACUAUGUUGCGCAUACAGCCGGUGAACUAUCUAGAUUAUUAGUCGAUGAAAUAAGAAUUGUUCAUAAAGAACAACUUGUGGUCGUCUUCGAAUAA